AUGAUUCAGCUACUGUUUCUGGUUCUAUUUGUGGAAGGUGCGAUUGCAUUCCUACUUCUGAUUAAGAUUGGGCCUUUGAGGGAGCUUGUGAUUAAAAGCCUGGACCAGCUGAAGAUGGGGAAAGGUCCCGCCACUGUGAAAACCAUCGCCGGAACCAUGUCCGUGAUACUCUUCUCCAAUCUCAUGAGCAUCGUCAAGAUCCAGAACAAAGGUGCGAAGCUCGGCACAAUGUCUCCCAUGGAUCAGGUCCUUUGGAGAACCCAUUUGCUCGAAGCUUCUCUCAUGGGAGUCGUACUUUUUCUUGGCUUCAUCAUAGACAGAUUGCACCACUACCUCAAAAAGCUAAUCAGUAUAAGAAGCAAUGUUGGGUCAUCGAAAGAAGAACUUGAACAGCUCCAGAAAGAGAGAAACGAACUGAAGGAGAAAGAGGAGAAGGCGUCCAAGGAAAUGAAGCAGCUGCAAGAAAAACUGGCAUCUAUCUCAGAGAGGCUUAAGAAAGCAGAGACGGAGUCAAAAGAGAAAGAGAAGAAGCUUGAAACCGCUGAAACCCAUGUCACGGCUCUUCAAAAGCAGUCUGCAGAGCUGCUUAUGGAGUAUGAUAGAUUGCUCGAAGACAACCAAAAUCUCCAAAGUCAAAUUUUGGGGAAAACAAAGAGCUGA